AUGCGCGCGUGGAACGAGCGUCAGCAGGGCAGCGCAGCGCCCAUCUUCAGCCCGCCUGAGGGGUCGAGCUUGCGCGAGGGAGAGGGAGAAGAGGGGAAUGGCGCGUGGUGGGACGCGCAGUGCCUCUUCCACCCCGUGGUCCUGCCGCCCGCACACGCAGCAGUAGCAGCUGAUGCAACAGCAGACGCAGACGGUGAUGCAGUAAAAGGGCCAGCAGCAGCAGCAGCAGCAGCAGCAGCAGCAGCAGCAGCAGCAGCAGCAGCAGCAGCAGCAGCAGCAGCAGCAGCAGCAGCAGCAGCAGCAGCAGCAGCAGCAGCAGCAGCAGCAGCAGCAGCAGCAGCAGUACCACAGGGACUCGACGAGCUAGCAGCAGGCGGAUUGGAGAGCAUAGGCCAGGCAAUCAGCAGCGACGGCAUGGCGUGGACCAGAGUGAGAGGGCCGGAGGCAGGCGGGGCGAUUCUCACCCCGCGCUCGCACGACCCGGCAGCGCUUGAUUCCUUGCACGUGGGGUGCAUGGUGCAUGAGGCGCGUGAGGUGCGGCCGGGGGUGAGCGUGCAUGGUGCCACCAUGCGCAUCGGCGUUGCCACGUCCCCAGAUGGCAUUCACUUCCACCGCGUCGCAACUGCCGGCGCUGCGGGUGGUUCUGGUGGCGCUGCUGGUGUGAGUGGCACUGGCGGUGCGCUGUCAGCAGCACGGGAGGGGGUGGUGGUGGAUGUAGGCGCAGCAGGGCAGCCGGAUGAUCUGUUUGUGGCCUGGCCGCGAGUGCUCACUCCCUCCAUGCUCGCCCAUACCAACGCUUCUGCUGCCUCCCACCCUGCUCAAGCAACACUACCUCACCACCUCUGGCUGAUGACCUACAGCGCCAUGUCCUCCGCCUCCCCCUCCUGCGUCCUCCUCGCGUCCUCCCCCAACGGCCUCGCCUGGACCCGCCACGGCCCCAUCCUCUCCCCAGGGCCCCCCGGUGCAUGGGACGCAGCAGGGGUGGGGCGGCGGCACGUGACUGUGCAUGGGGGCGUGCUUGCCAUGUGGUAUGAGGGCCUGGGGGGGGACGGCAGGCAUGGCAUUGGGCUGGCGGUCUCGCGGGAUGGGUUCACGUGGGGGAAGGUUGAGAUGGAAGGGCGCGAACCAGGAGGACCGGUGUUUGGGCCGUGGGAGGGGAGGGGAGCUGGGGAAGAGGAGAGUAAAAGGGAUGUGGGAGGGAAAGGGGAAGAGAGUGGGGAUGAUGGGGAUGGGGUACACGCAUGGGAGGACCUCUCUACUAUGCUGCGCGGGGCACGGGCAGCGAGAGCUCCUCUGACUUCAAGAUUGGAGUGGCGUUUGGCACGAGCAGUGAGCUGGGGGCGUGGCGCAGGGCAGGGUGAGGGUCUAGUAGUGGGUGGAGUGUUUCAGAGUUACCGUGGGCUCCCCACGCGCCUCUCCCUGCCACGUGGCAACCCCUCGUUGCGCCACAUCAGCAGCAUGGGGGCAAGGACCAAGAGUCGAGUGAACUCCCUAGCAAGGAGUGUGAACAAAGGGCCCACCGCCCCUCACCGCAAGGGCCACCUGGGUGCCACUGACCCCCCCACCUCCUACACCCGCAGCCUCAGCGAGAGCCAUGCCACUGCUCGCCGAACCACUUUGCCAAACCUGCUGGCGAGCCUCGGAAAGCCACCGAAGCUGGUGCCUCUGGACGGGGAGGGGUGGGAGUACGGGAUGGCAGUGGUGGCGGUGCUGGCAGCGCUGCCCAUGCGCGCCAAGGUGGCUGCUGCCCUCGCAUCGGGCGCGCAACACAACGCUGGAAUGGGUGGUGGCGGCGGUGGAACCUCGUUUGAGGGCUACACAGGCACCUCCGUGCAUCGCCUCACCUUGCUGCAGGUGGUGGCAGCAUGCAUAUGGGCGGACCUGCAGUACGAUCUCCUCCACUCACGCCCAGCCAUAGAAGCAGCAGCUGCAGCAGGGCCCGCCACCUCACAUCCCGGUGCCUUCUCUCCCGCACUGCUCCUGCCGCAAGCUGCCGCCCUGAUAGCAGAGCUGGAGCGCCAUGCCUCCACUGCGCCUCACAGCACAGCCUGGCCACCCCCUCACCAUGUCGUUCUCGCUCUCUCCUCCGGCCUCCUGCUCCUCGCCUUCUCCCCCACCCUGCCUGUCGCCGCCACCGCUCCCUCCCCCUCCUCCUUCCUCCGGACCUCCUCCCUCUCUGCUGCCACCCUCUCCCGCCCCUCUCCUUCCUCGCUUCCUCACAAUCCCUCGUCUCAGCCCCACUCACCAGCAGCAGUGGCGGCAGUGCGAGCAGUGGCGAGCCAGUGUGUGUCACGCCUCAAGGGUCUUCUCACGGCGCAAGGAGGAGGCCAGGGAAGGCUUGACACUGGUGGCGGGUGUGAUGGGAGGAGGAGUGGGUGGCUGCCCGAGACAGCGGAGGAGGUGGCAGGGAUCCAAGCACAGCUGGCGGUCACACAGCGCGUGCUGCCUGAUUGGCUGGGAGUGCACCGCGCUGCACAGGAGGCUGCUGCAGUGGUGUGGGAGGAUUGA